AUCUACUGGUAGUGCUGGCAAUAGAGGAGAAAAAAAUCAACUGCUCCGAAAAGAGGCAUUUUCUAUCGGUUGUAACGGUUCCUCAACGGAUAACGGUUCUAUCUGACGCCGGAUACGGAUAAUUGACAUAACUGGACUAACCGGAUUUAUGAGAAGAAGAUCAUUGCAUCAUCCCAGGACCCAUGGACUAAAUGGAUGUUUAAACCACCUUACUAGCCAAGUUGACCAAUCAGCAUCGUCCAAUCAUCCAGGAAAUACAGGAUCUUUGAACAUGAACAAUCUGUUCCUCUCCUUCAGCUAAGACAGACUGCCAGUCAGUAACCACAUAGUGUAACUCUCUGUAUCAGGACACUGUAGUCCAUAUCUAUUGGAGGAUCACUGAGUCCACUGAGUCUCAGUAUCUCACCUUUAACCCCUCACCCCCAGCCCUUGACCCUUAACCCCUGACUCCUGACCAUGUACGGCAGCGCCCGCUCCGUUGCCAAGAUGGAGGGCAACAACGGCAGCAGUCAGAGUCCCGGACGCUCCCCCUGCCUGCCCCGCUCCCCGCGCCUCGGCCACCGUCGCACCAACAGUACAGGAGGCCCCGGGGGAAAGACCCUCUCCAUGGAGAACAUCCAGUCUCUGAACGCGGCCUAUGCCACCUCCGGACCCAUGUACCUCAGUGACAACGAGGUCAUCUCUCAACAGACCCAGGCCUAUCCCAACCCCAACCACGACCCUAGCCUGCCCAAGAGCACCAUGACCCUGGGUCGCUCCGGAGCAAAGCUCCCUUAUGGCGUCCGGACAACCGCCAUGGGCUCCAACCCCAACAUCAGCCAGGGAGGUGGAGGCUCGUCCAUGCCCAGUGACAGCAUCGCGUUUGGGUGUGACCACGUGUCCUCGUCCCAGUCCAGCCUCCAGCAGGCGUCCACGGUGCCUCACUCCUUACGCCAAACCAGAGACAACACCAUCAUGGACCUCCAGACCCAGCUGAAGGAGGUGCUGAGGGAGAACGCGCUCCUCCGGGAGGAGGUGGAUAUGAAGGAGAGCAAGCUGAGCUCAUCCAUGAACUCCAUCAAGACCUUCUGGAGCCCCGAGCUGAAGAAGGAGAGAGCCCUGAGGAAGGACGAGGUGUCCAAGAUCUCCGUCUGGAAGGAGCAGUACAGAGUGGUGCAGGACGAGACUCAGGUACGAUCCUGGAGUCACUGGCAGUACAUGUAGUUAGACUGGAAGGAGUGUGAAGUCAUUCAGAUGGGAUGCGGAGACUUGCUUGGAAGUUGGAAGGUUGGUCCUAAGGGAACCUAAGGGUUCUAACCAUUGGGUCAGUUGUUGGUCGUUCUGCAUGGUGUUGUGACCCUGGUCGAAGGUGAAGAGGUCAGACUUAGUUGUAUAAGCUGUUAGUGCUGUUGUUGUCUCUUCCAUAUUUAGCUCACAGUCAGCCAGAGAUCUGCCUUCCGCCUGUUUCCCCUCCGGCUGUGUGUGCGUGUGAGCGUGUGACGUCGGUCAGUGAGCAGCUGGUUCGCCUGUCUGCUGAGUUGGAUAAAUCUGGGGUCUGUCUGGGCAGAUUUGAUCCCACAAGGCUUGAUUACAACCUCUUAUUGGGAAGACAAUUUUGAGAUGGUAUCCUAAUUCUGUAGUGAAGGAUGGAACCAGUUUUAUCUAAUUCUGUAGUGAAGGAUGGAGACAGUUUGAUCUAAUUCUGUAGUGAAGGAUGGAGACAGUUUGAUCUAAUUCUGUAGUGAAGGAUGGAGACAGUUUGAUCUAAUUCUGUAGUGAAGGAUGGAACCAGUUUGAUCUAAUUCUGUAGUGAAGGAUGGAGCCAGUUUGAUCUAAUUCUGUAGUGAAGGAUGGAACCAGUUUGAUCUAAUUCUGUAGUGAAGGAUGGAGCCAGUUUGAUCUAAUUCUGUAGUGAAGGAUGGAACCAGUUUUAUCUAAUUCUGUAGUGAAGGAUGGAGCCAGUUUUAUCUAAUUCUGUAGUGAAGGAUGGAGACAGUUUGAUCUAAUUCUGUACUGAAGGAUGGAGCCAGUUUUAUCUAAUUCUGUAGUGAAGGAUGGAGACAGUUUGAUCUAAUUCUGUAGUGAAGGAUGGAGACAGUUUUAUCUAAUUCUGUAGUGAAGGAUGGAGACAGUUUGAUCUAAUUCUGUACUGAAGGAUGGAGACAGUUUUAUCUAAUUCUGUAGUGAAGGAUGGAGACAGUUUGAUCUAAUUCUGUAGUGAAGGAUGGAGCCAGUUUGAUCUAAUUCUGUAGUGAAGGAUGGAGACAGUUUGAUCUAAUUCUGUAGUGAAGGAUGGAGACAGUUUGAUCUAAUUCUGUAGUGAAGGAUGGAGACAGUUUGAUCUAAUUCUGUACUGAAGGAUGGAGCCAGUUUUAUCUAAUUCUGUAGUGAAGGAUGGAGACAGUUUGAUCUAAUUCUGUAGGGAAGGAUGGAGACAGUUUGAUCUAAUUCUGUAGUGAAGGAUGGAGACAGUUUGAUCUAAUUCUGUAGUGAAGGAUGGAGACAGUUUGAUCUAAUUCUGUAGUGAAGGAUGGAGACAGUUUGA